GCCAGGACCCGAGCGAGACGUUACACAUUUACGAUGGCUGACAAGGAAAAGCGCCGGUCCGCGGCUAUUCCUUCAGGAAUGUCCGCCGGCAAAGCCAUCAAACCCGACAGCGACGUGGAGUUCCUGUCUCAGGCCGGGGUUGGGGACCUGCUCCGCGGGGCCCUCCUAAAGAUGGUCGAAGCCAGGUCCGACGACCCCAUCGGGUUCCUGGCGGACCAUUUCUGCAACCUGGCCUCGGUGACGGACAGCAGCCCGGCUGGAUGCGGGGAAGACGAGCAGAUGAACGGCGCAGGCGCAUGCGCACAGGAGCAGCAGCAUCUCAACCGAGCGCUGUGGCACCUGCGGCUGGCGCAUCAUUCUCAGAGAUCAGCGUUCAGCAACAAUGUCCGCGUGGCCUACGAUCUACUGAACGUCUCCGGCUGUCAAAGACAAGCUGCUGAGGUUCCCGACGGCCCGGACGGCUCCUGCUCUGACGACCCCAUUGGAGCAGGUGAAGCAGGAGGAGGAGGAGUCAGAGGAGGCCUCUACACGCAGACAUUGCAGUGUUUAUGCAGUGAGGGCGGAGUCCCUGCCUCCACCUCUGCCCCGCUCCUCAGACGACUCCACUGCCAAGACCACGAGGUCGUCCCCUAUGAUGUCUUCCGGCACGGCGUGCUCACCUGUGCCGUUUUCUCAGACUACAUCCGGCAGUCUCAGAAGCUCUACGCCGAGGUGUGCUGCCCGCACGAGGGGCCCGCCACGCGGGCGCUGUGCCUGGCGGUGCUGGGGACCCUAAAAGAAGCUCUGGAGACCUCUGCGGGUUGUGAGCCGGACUGCUGCAUUAACGCUAAUAACAAAGCCUAUGCAUGCGUGGAGAGCAAUGUGAAAGCGAUCCGCUACCUGGAGGCCAGUGCCAAGAUCUCUCCUAACCAGCUGGCCCAGGCCAUGGAUGGAGCACGGAGCCGGGGGCCCGGAGGGAACAUGGAUGCCAAGGAGUUCGAAAAUGCAGCUGCAGACUUGUUUAUUACACGAGUGAAAGUUGUCUUCUAACCUCUCUGUUGAAUUUGUUGCAAUAUUUUGCACCUAAUAAUAAAAUGUAUGUACUGCAGGUAACCUGCUCACAAAAUGUAAGAAAAUAAAAUAUAUACAUCAAUGUUU